UAAGGUAUACAUCUUUAAAAGUGCAUCAACUUUCAGGCCAUUGAGUUAACAUUAUAAUAAAUGAGCAACAUGAUAAUAAAAUAGCACCUGAUAAGCCUGAAAUAAUUAGAUCCCAAAGUAAAAUACUAGAUACCAUUCAGAUGAUUUGAGAGAAUUUCUUCGCUUCUUACAGAGGUGACCCCAUGUAAUUCUAAUGCCAGAAAUUCAAUAAUGCACACAACCUACUUAGAUCUGUGUUUUAGUGUAAAAGGAUGAAAAAAUUCAAUUAUAUGUUUUUAGCUAAAUAUAUAACUAACAUUGCAAACCCACGCACAAAACUACCUCCCAGAGAAAGACUUGUCCCCUCUUAUUCCCCAAAUACUCAAUUAUGAGUGUGGUAGAGGACGGUGUGCUCUUAUCACAUUUGAUGAGUAGUGAUACACAUGAAAUGAAAUAUGAUUUAUCAUGUGAACUCUACAGAAUGUCUACAUACUCCGCUUUUCCAGUCAAUGUUCCAAUCUCAGAAAGGAGUCUCGCUCGGGCUGGAUUUUAUUACACUGGUGUGAACGACAGAGUUAAAUGUUUCUGUUGUGGCUUAAUGCUGGAUAACUGGAAACAAGGAGACAACGCAAUUGACAAACAUAAACAGCUGUAUCCUAGCUGUGCCUUUAUUCAGAAUCUGAUUUCAGUUAAUCUAGGAUCAUCUCAGCCUACAUUUUCUUCUUCAGUGAAUAAUGCCACACGUUCAUUAUCUCUCAGUUCAGAACAGAGUGGAUAUUUCAGUGGUUCUUAUUCCAGUUUGCCACUGGAGCCAGUGACUUCCAGAGGAGUUGAGGACUUGUCCCCUUUGAACACCAGCCCCUACAGUUAUUCAAUGAGUACGGAAGAUGCCAGAAUUCUUACUUACCAGGCAUGGCCAUUGACAUUUCUGUCACCAUUAGAUCUGGCAAGAGCUGGCUUUUAUUACAUAGGACCUGGAGACAUGGUAGCUUGCUUUGCCUGUGGUGGGAAACUGAGUAACUGGGAACCAAAAGAUGAUGCCAUGUCAGAACAUCGGAGACAUUUUCCUCACUGUCCUUUCCUGGAGAGUCAAAUCCAAGAAACAUCAAGGUUCAAUGUUUCUAAUCUGAGCAUGCAAACCCAUGCAGCCCGUGUGAAAACCUUUGUGACCUGGCCACCUCAAAUUCCAGUUUAUCCAGAGCAGCUUGCAAGUGCUGGCUUUUAUUAUGUGGGUCGAAAUGAUGAUGUGAAGUGCUUUUGCUGUGAUGGUGGACUGAGAUGUUGGGAAUCCGGAGAUGAUCCUUGGGUGGAACAUGCCAAAUGGUUCCCAAGAUGUGAGUACUUGAUACGAAUGAAAGGUCAAGAGUUUGUUGAUCAAGUUCAAGCUAGGUACCCUCAUCUCCUUGAACAGCUGUUGUCAACUUCAGAUAUACCAGGAGAUGAAAAUGCUGAUCUACCAAUUAUUCAUUUUGGACCUGGAGAAAAUAAUUCAGAAGAUACAGUCAUGAUGAACACUCCAGUGAUUAAAGCUGCUUUGGAAAUGGGCUUCAGUAGAAGUCUGGUAAAACAGAUUGUUCAGAGUAAAAUCUUAACUACUGGAGAAAAUUACAAAACAGUCAAUGAGGUUGUAUCAGAUCUCCUCAAUGCAGAAGAUGAAAAAAGGAAAGAGGAGAAAGAGAGACAAACUGAAGAAAUGGCAUCAGAUGACCUGACAUUAAUUCGGAAGAAUAGAAUGGCUCUGUUUCAGCAUUUGACCUGUGUACUUCCUAUCCUGGAUAGUCUCUUAACAUCCGGUGUGAUUAAUGAGCAGGAACAUGAUGUUAUUAAACAAAAAACACAGACGUCUCUACAAGCAAGAGAACUGAUUGAUACCAUUUUAGUCAAAGGAAAUGCUGCAGCCAGUGUAUUUAAAAACUGUCUCAGAGAAAUUGGUUCUGUGUUAUAUAAUAAUUUAUUUGUGGAAAAGAACAUGAAGUAUAUUCCAACAGAAGAUGUUUCAGGUCUUCCUAUGGAAGAACAACUUAGGAGAUUACAAGAAGAAAGAACAUGUAAAGUUUGUAUGGACAAAGAAGUUUCUAUUGUAUUUAUUCCUUGUGGUCAUCUAGUAGUAUGCAAAGAAUGUGCUCCUUCUCUGAGAAAAUGCCCUAUUUGCAGGGGUAUAAUCAAAGGUACAGUACGUACAUUUCUUUCAUGAAAAAAAAAUCCAUACACCCAAAUUUGUAUGGAAAAGACCUCAAAAUGCUCAGCCGUAAGCCGCUGAAGUCUUUUGGAAGAAAGAAAAGUUGUUUUAAGG